GUUAAAUUUGAGUAAAAACCGAACAGAUCCCAUCCCAGGUCUAAUUUUUUGUUCGGUUUAGGGAUGACAUCUCUCCCCUGACUUUGGAGUCAGCCCUCACCGCAUAGCACAAGAAGAAAGUGAUGGAAGAAUUAGAGAAAGGACCGAUCAAAUCAGCGUCCGAAGAGAUAUCCGCAGAGGCCAGAACCCUAAUCAAUUCGCGCGAUCUGGAAUCUCUCAAGCAGUUGCAGCUCCUCAUAUUGGGAAGGUUGCAAGACAGCAAUGCAGUUCUUUCCCAUUUCAAUGAUUACUCAGAGCAUUGUUUUGGUGAGGUCUCUGCCGAUUUCUCUAGAAAUACGCGCCUCCUGAGGACUAUGAAGUCGGAUCUUGAUUACAUAUUUCAGAAGUUGAGAAACAUGAAGGCGAAGAUUUUGGGUACUUUUCCAGAUGCACUUCCAGAUGAAGCAACCAUUCAGGCACUUGACCACAGACCAGACCUUGAAAUGCCACAAUGAUUUUGCCCCACUUUUAUAAAUGUAAUGUUGCUUAUGUAUCUCAUUUUGUUCAAAAAGUUCAUGGUAUACUUAUUUCAAAUAUGCAUGGCAUAGUGUAACUGUUGGAGUAUGUGGUCGUGGGUCUUAUGUAUUGCUCUGGAUUGUUCAUGUCUUUAUGAUGUUAUAAAUGAGAACAAGGUGAACAUCUCCAGUUCUCCACAUUGUAGCAAGGCCCAUCUUUUACAUCAAUUUAUAUCCCUUGUGUGGAUCAAGGUGAACGUUUUUACCUUUACUGUUCAAUAUUAUUUUGAUCACAUUAGUGUCUGGCUUUGGAUUUGCU